CUGAUUUAGCCAAAUUCCUGGCAGUUUACGCAACUUUUUUCCUCUCAUUUUAUUUCAUCUGAUGAAAAGACCCGCCUCCUGAUUCAGCUGCUGUUGUUGCUGCUGCAGACUCCAACCUCAGACAGUCUGUGAAGAAGGUCUCUGCAAACAAAAAUGCUGCCAGUGUUGUUGCUGCUGCUUCUGUCUGCUGCCAGCCUUCAGGACCAUAUGGAGAACCGCCCUCUGGAUGGAAAUGCUUCUUCCCUGGACCCUGAUCUGAAGAAUGGAGUUGCUAAAAUCCAGAUGAACUUGUCCGUUUCAACAGUCCGACGUCGUCUGCCUCCUUCCAAGUUCAGACUGAAAAGUCGCCAUGAUUCCACUCCCUCCUCUUUUGAUAGUAAACAUUGGGUGAAAUGGCGGGGUUAUCUCCCCAAUGGAGCUGUUUCCAUUUAUAACGCCUACUCUGAGCGCACUGACUAUGUCUGCAAAGUUAGAUGCCAUUCUGGCUUUUACAACCCCAGCAUCGGUCCUUACUGCCACUACCCCUAUAAAAAAGCAGAGUAUAUUUCCUCCUCUUUUCAAGUCCUUGUGAAUGAAGGUAAUUUGGAGAUCUUCGAGUGGAAGGAAGAUUCAAAGGGUUCUGUUCCAAAGAAUUCAGUCAGAACCUGCUCCAGUGAAGAAAUCUAUGUAGGGAAGAACAAGUAUGGUCUGGGGAUGGUGUAUCCAAAAGAUGGCUGCUUUUACCUUCCCUGGGAAGGUAGUGAGUAUUGGUAUAAGAUGAGCUAUGAGGUUCUGACCAACAUGAUGACUGAAAAAGAAAUCAUCUCUAAUGUCAAGUAUAGCACAGACCAAACUAAAAUUUUUAAGGAGCCUCCAAAAACCAUAAAAACCUCUACUGCUGUCAAUAAUGCCCUCAGUCCUGUGAAGAAAAUGGUGACCUUGACUCAGACAACCACAGAUGAGAGACGUUGGGACAUCAGCUCCUCCAUAAAAAUUGGUGUAAAAACAUCCAUCACCGUGGGUAUUCCUGACAUUGUACAAUCAAGUAUAGAAAUCAGCGCUGAGAGGACCCAUACGUUCUCAGGAGGAAAUACCUGGAUAGAGGAAGUCUCCCACUCUGUCAGUUUGGAGAUAGAUGUGCCACCAAAGCACAGCUGCCAGGUCAAAAUGGUUGGUUAUCGGUACAAAAUGGACAUUCCUUACUCCGCCCGCCUCCGUCGCACCUAUGAGGAUGGAGAGACCAGAUCUGCUACAAUCACUGGAACGUAUCAUGGAGUCCAAACCGGGGAUGUUAGGGCUGAGGUGGAACAAUGUAAACCGUUAUCUGGUUCCAUGCUGUUUCCUGAAAUAAGAUAAGAUAUCUGCAAUGAUAGAGAACUGCUCAAGCAUAGU